UAGACCUCCUGUCUGACUCCGUCACCACCUGAAGUCACUGAUAUGUUUUCUGAAGGAAACUCAUGGAUGCUCUAUGAUUUACUCAAUGCACUGAGAUUCGAUGACGUUGAAAAAUUGGCUGCGAGUCUGGAAGCUGGUUCGUCACAAACGUUGGAUACCUACGAUUUUUUGAAUGAUAAUCAAGGACAAUGGAUAUCACUCAUUCCGGUGGACAACCUGACACACGGGAACUUGUUGCAUGGAGCAGUAUGGUAUUCAGCUCACCGCUGCUUGGCCUACUUACUGGAGCAUGGUUUCGGUCGAGAGACAUCAAAAUCAACCACGGACGGAACGACGCCACUGCAUUUGGCUGCUGCAGUUGGGGACUUUGUUGCCUCGGAUCUCCUGCUACGAUAUGGCGCGUCCACAAAAGCGGUGGAUCAGUUCGGGCGAAUACCGCUUCAUCACGCCGCUACGACAGAUAUAUGUAUUGCUGUACAGCUCUGUGCAGUGGAUGCUUCUGGACUGUCUGUACGCGAUUGGGAAUCUAAGGACCCCCUGGAAAUUUCGUUUCAAAACCAAUGCAUGGAUACCGCUCGAUUUUUGGCACUUGCACAACAGAAGAGCGGGAAGAGAGGAGAUCGAAAAAGCCCACGAUCUGAGAGCCGCCUGCAGCAACUACGCAGAAAACCUGUUCAUGUAAAGGAGAGUUCACUUUGGAUACCGUACAAUCUGAAAGCGCCCCGCUGCAUCAAAAUUCAACCGAAAACUGCUCCAAAUGAGGACAUUUGCGAAUGUAACCUUCCAGUCAAAGAACAUGAGAUGGAGACCAAAAAUCCAGUCUUGAAAAAACGAUUCGCAACGUACGAGGGAAGAUUCGUCAGAGUUCCAUCUCCCACCUUCGGGGAACUGACACAUCCAGCCAAUAAUUAUCUAGCACAGUAUGUUCGGACUGCGGAUGAAAUGGACUUUUCCAAACUCACGUAUUUUUUUGAGUCAGUCUGGUCGUUACAGCGGCCACAGCUCGUACUCACUUUCUAUGGAGAUGAGGUCAGUUCAUCCACGGUUAGAGAGAGUUUGCGUAAGCUGGUAUGGAAGGCCAGCGACAGCACACUUACAUGGAUACUUACGGAUGGUCUUCAGCACGGAAUCUCACCGACGGUCAGCGAGGCAACCAAACACUACAUUGAGGCCUAUGGCCUUGGGUUGGUUGAAUCCAUUGGCAUUGUCCCGUGGCGUCGUAUGUGCUGCAUUUCGAACAUGAGUCCGGGCACGUAUAUGGGUAAUCCCGCGGCAAAGCAUGAGAUGGUCGACGAUGAUUCUGUACUGCACGAGAACCUCGAUUCCAACAUGACUGCCUACUUCUUUGUCGAUACCGAGGAUCGUCCAGCUAAAGAAGACACGUUUUUGUUUCGUUCGCAAAUGGAGACAGCCUUGCGAAACUGGGCUGUAACAGAGUCUUUGGGUGAAUCACAACAACUAGCUCAGGCCAAGAUUCAAAUGUGCGGAAUUUUGUCUGGUGGAGAUAUAAGCACACUGAAGUCUAUUCACACCUCGCUCUGCUCUGGAACUCCCUUCGUGGUUCUGAAAGAUACAGGGGGAUUGGCUAGUAUCCUGUCUGAAUGUAUCGAGGACACUGAGAUUGGUGAGCGAAACAUUCGGAAGAAAGCUCUUACUGAGGGUUCCAGGGAAUCGGCCGCUUUUCAACUUUCCCCGGCAAAUAUCCGGGAGACGGUCAUGUCACACUGGGAGGAAGUUGAACAACCGGAUAUGGUCGUUAUACUAAUUCAAGAUAUUUUGGAUAAACGAGAGAUGAUAUGCGUUUGCGACUUAGAGGAGGAGGACUUGGAUUACCAUGUUCUGCUUUUGCUGAUUCGUCCAGUCACAGAAGGUGUCGAGAUAACUGCGGAGAAUAACAUCGCCAAACUGGAGAUUGCGAUCGCACUGAAUCGAAGUGACGUGGCUCGAGAAAGGGUGUUUUUAGAUGGAAUGAAGUGGGACAACGAACGCCUUGGAGCAUACAUGAGCUCUUUUCUAUUACGGGACAACGUGCCAUUCAUGAAGCUUUUCUUGGAGAAAGGUUUCGAUCUAAAAUCCUACCUGACGAGAGGACGCCUGGAAAUGCUCUACACUCUGUCUCUUUUACGCGCAAAACAGAAGAAGCCGCUGUUAAAUGCAAUCCGGCGUUUUAUGAGGACACCAACACGAGUCAGCCUUUUUGUUGUUGGACGGAUACUGACGCUACUAAUGGGCAAUCGGUACUAUCCUGUCUACAUGGGAGCUGACUUUUUGGAAAAUGACGAAAAAGCUAGGGCAAAGAUGUUAUCAUGUCCUGCGACGCACUUAUUCAUAUGGGCGUUACUGACGGAGCGGAAAGAAUCUGCCGAACUAUUCUGGACCCAGCUUGAAGAACCUCUGGGUGCCGCUCUGAUGGCCGCCGCGCUUCUUCGCCACUACUGCCACUAUGCAGACUCAACGGUUAAUCGGGAUGAACUGGAGGAACUAUCAAGUGCAUUCGAGGCCAAAGCGUGUGGAUUACUGAGCGAAUGUUUCGCAGACGAUCCUGCGAGCACCGCUGAGGUCCUAAUCCGGGAGCGAGCGUUGUUUGGACACAUGUCCUGUUUGAUGCUGGCAUCAAAUGGAAAAUGUCUCAGCUUCGUCGCUCAUCGUUGCUCAGAGCAGUAUCUUGAAUUGGUGUGGUGUGGCAACAUUGAUCCGCAGACUUCACGAUUUUCAUUUUUUAUUGGUGUACUGGUUGGCAUUCUGAUGCCUCCACUGGUGCCGUUUACCCUGAAGUUCACCGUGGAUCGAAAUCGAAGAAGGGAACUGGAUGAUAAUCAAGACAAUGAGGAUGAAAAACGACCCUUGUCGAGCACAGCCAGCCUGCCAGAAAUGGCAUCUGCAGCCGAUAAUGAGCGAUCAAAAAGGAGAGGGUGCUAUAGCUACCGAAGAAAGCUGAUUGGGUUCUACAACGCACCCAUGGUCAGAUUCGCUUAUGCCACGAUGGCCCACUUGGUCUUCCUAUGCUUUUUCAUCUACGCACUACUAUUCGACUACAAGGCUCAAAAGAACUACGAUAUGACAACCAAGCUGAUACUCUUAUUUUGGGUAUUCACUUAUUUUGUUGAAAAUGUACGGCAGGGCUUAUCAUCAGGUCUGUCGUUCCGAGACUACAUGAAACGCAUUUGGAAGUCACUGGAGCUGGUGGCAAUUAUCCUAUUCAUAAUCGGCACGGCGCUGCAUUUAAUGCUCGUGGCUGAGGUGCGGCGGGCCGCGAUGCCAGUUGACCUGGCAAAUACAGUUCAACAGACGCUUUAUCGGAUGGGACAAAUUUUCUACGGCAUGUCUUUAUUCCUGUUCUUCUAUCGUCUGCUGGAAGCAUUUACAGCUGAUAGAAGAAUCGGUCCACUCGUAGUAAUGAUACAGUCUAUGGUUGUCAAAGAUCUAUUGCCGUUCAUGAGCCUACUUGUGGUCGCUCUGUUCAGCUUUGCACUCCUACAGUGGGCCGUAGCGUACACCGGGACGGCAAGUGAAUCAUAUGUGGAUAACUCAAAAACUCUGUUCGAAGCGCUUAAACUUGCCUACUUUCAAAUGUUUGGUGAAUACCAGUUGGAAGAUUUAACCACGAAAAAAUCCGAUGACUGCAAAACGAACAAGCUGAAUUGUGUAGACGGAAUUUCCGAAUGGCUUGCGCCGAUUAUACUGGCCAUCUUCGUAAUCCUUACACAAGUUCUACUUCUGAACCUACUGAUUGCUAUGUUCACGUCUACUUAUGAACGAAUUGAAUCUUCUGCGACCGGCUACUGGUCCUUACAACGAUAUCAAGUGAUUUGUGAAUUCGUCGAGCGAAGUGUACUCCCACCCCCCUUGAUCAUAAUUUGGCACAUCUAUUUGCUGUUCAGAUGUAUGGGAAGGAAGUGCAUGCAUUCGGAACCCUAUGGACAACAUCCAUUUAAAAAAUCCUAUGCCAAAGAUAAAGCAGCAACUGAACGGCGUCUGAUUCAGUGGGAACGGUUACGGUUUUGGGACUAUCAACGUUACGUUUUACAUGGUCGGCGACGAAAAAACAAAGCUUCAAAAUCCGUCAACGUGCGAACCACAGUCAUGGGUGGACAAGGUGGCGCCUCGGGAACACAAAUUAGCCAAGCGUUACAAAGCUUGCAGGAUGGCACGAACGAGGGUAUUCGAUCACUCUUGGAAAAACUAAACCGGGUGGACGAAGUGGAUCGUAAAGCGGAUUUAAUUCUGAGGCUUCUCAGAGGGCUUCAGGAAGAAGUUGGUCUUUACCGCUCCCUCCAAUUGUCAAAACCACUGGUAAAGAUCGGAUUCUCCACCCCGCCCUCGAGUCCAGCUAAAGUGCCAACACACGUCCCCAUGGUGCAAGCAAGUCCAUCUGAUGUGUUCGGUGGAACGUCAGACAAGCCGUUAAAUAUGAUUGUUAUUUCCGGAAAAGAUCACAAACUGGCUAUGUUCUACCCACCCACGUCGGAUGCCACGCCGUCGCUGUUCGCUGAACCCGUCCCUUGGACUACUGAAAAGUUCCCUGACGAUGUACUGGGCUGGAGACCACAGUAUUCCCCGAUUGAAGGAUGGACUGAGUCCAGCGAUUUCGUGGAAGCGAUGACCUCGCGAGAGUGGAAUCCAAUGGGGACAACUUACCUACCCCCGAUGGAACACGUACCUCCAGACCCGGAAACUGGAAUGCCACGUAAUCCGAAAGGGCGAACUGGUGUCGUAGGAAAAGGGCUUCUACCAGUAUGGGGUCCGAAUCCAGCAAUCAUUCUUGUAUUGACCAGAUACACCACUUCGAGCUCAUACGGCCCCGGGGAAUUGCAAGCAGCGGUUUGUGAACUGCAAAUCACCCGACAACUGCCAUGGCUCUUGGUGCGUCAUUCGGCUACUUGUGAUGGGGCGUCAUGUAUGCAGUCAAUGAUAGAUCUCUGGGUUUCCACUCGUGCGCAACAACUUUGUGCUGCAAGACCAGAAAAGGCAGAACUUUACAAAAAGGCUUUAGACUUUUAUCGCCAGUUAUCUCCAACCGUGGUUUUCAGGGGCUACCUAAGCGACAUGGUCAAUACAGACAACGCAUGGAUUGAACCAACUGGUAUCAACAUCCAUUUGGGAACACAUCCGGACAUAUCAGAUGCUCUUCUGCACACCUUGUUCACAGUGUCGCAUUUGCACAUGUCUAACCUGUCCCAUCCCAUGCAACAAACCAAAAAGAAUCGGAUAACUCUGCUGUUUAGUGCAAUGAUC